AUGGAUAACGCCUUCUCAUCAUACAAACUCUCAGGGAAGUACGAUGUGCUCAUCAACUUCACUGGAGAAGACAUCCGCAGAAAAUUUGUUUCUCAUCUCAAUUCUGCCUUCUCUACUGUUGGUCUCACCACUUUCCUUCAUCACCCCAAUGCAGUGAAGUCAACUCACAUCCAACAACCUAUUCACAGCCACUGUCGUGUAGCAAUUGUUGUUUUCACCCAAACCUAUUCUCAAUCUGCUUGGUGUCUUCAUCAGCUUCAUCAUAUCAUCAACUGGCACGAAACUUAUUGCCGACAUGUUCUGCCCGUAUAUUAUGAAAUCCAGCCAUCUGAUGUACGUCUUCAGAAGGGUGACUUUGGAAAAGCUUUCAAGGCAACUGCUCAACAAACAUUUUCAGAACAAGAACUUGAGCAUGGCAUGUCCAGGUGGAGCCAUGCACUCACCAAAGCUGCAAAUUUCUUUGGAUGGGAUGAGAGCAAUCACAGGAGUGAUGCUGAAUUAGUGGACAAAAUUGUUAAGAGCGUUGUUAAUUUACUGGUUUUGUCUGCUACUAAAUUUCCAGUAGGAUUACAAUCCCGCGUGGAAGAUCUGAUUCGAACUAUCAAAAAUAAAUCCACUGAAGUUUGUAUUGUAGAGAUAUGUGGAGACCAAGGAUAUGGUAAAACAACUCUUGCCAAAGCGAUCUACAAUCAAAUUCAUUGGACAUUCAAGAAGAAAAGUUUCAUUGAAAAUAUUUCACAAGUUACCGGAAUAAGAGGGUAUCUUCGUUUACUGGAACAACUUGUUUUAGAUAUCCUAAAACAAAAGGUGGAGAUUCCUACUAUUGAUGUGGGAAGAAGAAUGAUUCGGGAAACACUUUAUGGAAAAAGUAAAGGAACGGUAAUAAUCAUUACAACAAGCGAUGAAGACCUACGGAUGAACCAGCCGAUAGAUUCUAUAUUUCGGCUAGAGCGAAUGAACGCAGAGGAUUCCCUUGAGCUUUUUAGUUGGCACGCAUUUAGAGAACCAAAACCAAAGGAUGAAUACGAAGACCUUGCAAGAAGAGUAAUUAGUUAUUGUAGAGGAGUAACACUAGCUCUUGAAAUCGUUGGAAGUAGUUUAUUUGAAAAGACGAAAGAAGAAUGGAACAGUUUAUUGUUUAAAUAUCUGAUAAUUGGCUGGCAUCGUGUUCCAGAUAUUAUAAAAGUAAGCAUCGAAGAAUCAGGAAUUUCAAAGCAGCACUUCAGGUGCUCUUUGAUUGGUGUUGGAACAUACCAUCAAUUCUUCAAUGCUGUCAGCGAUAACAUAUAUCAGGUAUUGUCAAGCAGUGAGUCUUAUGAUGUUUGUCUCCCAGCUGUCGAUGAUCCUUAUUGCAUGGCCCAUAUGGGUGAGGGACACUCUGUUUCUUUCGUUGUGCCUGAAGAUGGUGAUAUGAAAGGAAUGAUUUUGUGUGUUAUCUAUUUAUCAACUCCUAAGAUCAUUGAACCUCAAUUUACUACUGUCGUAAUUGUUAAUUACACAAAGUGUACAUUCCAUAUACACAAUCAUGGCACAGCAAUUUCCUUUAAAGAUGAAGAUUGGCAUGACAUAAUGUCAAAUUUAGAAUGUGGAGACAAUGUGGAGAUAUUUGUGAACUUUGGUAAUGGAUUGGUGGUCAAGAACACAACGGUGUAUCUGAUAUGGGGUGAAGCAGAGAACAUGGAAAAAGUGUCUGAGCCAAAAAAACAGUCUCUCAUUAGAUUCAUAAAGAAAGUUGUAAUGUGA